GAAGUAAAAGCUGAUUUUGCACACAGAGUGGAAAUGAAACACCAUGACAGACUCCAGGCUGAAAAUCAGAAUAAAUCAGAGCUCAGAGCUGGACUUUACUGUAAUGGACUUUAUUAAAGCAGAUUGUACUGUAGUGCAGGGGGGCUUUACUGUAAAAUAUCACCAUCUCAUACUGUAACGUCUAAAAAGUAAAUCUACACACACUGACGCACCAUGACUAACUUUUCCUGCAUCUGCACCGUGUGGAUCAGUGCCUGGGUGGACCUCCUCUCUGCAGAACCUGAGAUCAGUGUAUCUGGCCCAGUGGGUUCUACAGCUGUCCUGCCGUGUCAACUGACGAGUGUAGACACUGACAGACUGUAUAUUAGAUGGAAAAUCAUGUCUGAGACUGUGUUUGAGCGAGUGGGUGUGGCCUCGUAUCAGGGUGAGGGAUAUGAGGGUCGUGUGGACGUUCCUGUGGAGGAGCUGCGUAAGGGGAACUGUUCACUGGUGUUACACAAUCUGACAUUUACUGAUACAGGAGUCUACACCAGCUACCAGACAGUGAGACACACCAAGAGAUCUGUCCGUGUUAGGAGAGGAACAGUCCCGAUCAACAGUGUUAAUCUCUCAGUCUAUGGUGAGUGAGUUAGUGUCAGUAGAACACACACCCUCUAUUAAAGCUGAAAAGUUCAUUUACAUGUAAAAAUAUUGCAAUGAAACUAUUGUAUUAGAAUAUUCAGUUAAGAUUACUCUUAAAUAUCAUCUACUAUAAGGUUUAAGUGUAAGUUACAUAAGGCUAAUAUGCAGCAUGCUAAGAUAAGACAUAAGGGAUGGACAGAAGGGGAACAUAGGAGUGUUGUGGAGAGUUUAGUGAACUGGUGCAGGUCUAAUCAUCUCCAGGUGAACACCUCUAAGACCAAGGAGAUGAUGAUAGACCUUCGUAGGACCAGGUCCUCACUACUACUGGUCACCUCUGAGGGAGUUAACGUUACGGUGGGGAGGACAUGCUGUAUGAAUGCGUAGGCCUACUGCUGGAGGACACACUGGACUGGUCAGCAAAUACAGAACAUUUAUACAAAGACUCAGAGUCAGAUGUUCUUUAUUUUAGUGUCUGAUUAAAUGUUCUACAGAUCAGUGGUGGCCAGUAUCCUGGUGGCUCAAAUGGUUAAGGCUCUGGGUUAAGUUGGUGCUGUUGAGCCCUUGAGCACGGCCCUUAACCUCAUCCGCUCCAGGGGGCGCUGUAUCCUGACUGACCCUGCGCUCUGACCCCAGCCUUCUAACUGAUAUAUGCGCAAAAUAAUUUCACUCUAAG